UUGAGCGUCAUCUAGCGAACAAUCAAAAAUGGAUUUUCUGAAAUUUUCUGAAUUUUAAAGUGUAAAUAAAAUGUAAAAGAUGAAGUCAUGGCAGCGACCUUUGACCUUGCCAUGUGAACUGGAAUCUUGGGACAAGGUUACCAAUGCAUUAGCAGAUUUACGAAAUAUCCGCACACUAGAUGAGCUGAGGAAUGCCUUAGACAAUCUCCAACAGAUUUCCAGUGAGAAGAGUCAAUCUGAUAAGGGGGGUAUAUAUUCAGGCCUAUUGUAUUAUUUACAAUAUGAAUGCAGUGAAUGUGAGCUGGAUCUGUUCAUCAACCUGACCUUGACAUGCAUCGUUGAUCUAGUCAGAACUUCACAGGACAUUAGACAGAGGCGACAAAGUCAGACAGAUAAUGGUGCUAGUUUGACUCUAAGUCAGGAAUAUUUGCAGUCACUUUUAGCAUCAGCUUUGUUGUGUCUCCUACCACAAGAUGGCACCUCUAGUCUUAAUUUUACAUCACUUUACCGACAAAUACCUUUUAGCUCUUUGGCCUCCAGUAAACUCAAGACAGUCCUAACAUACAUGGAGGACAUCAGUAAACAUUACUCAACAGGAGAAUGCUCUCCAAAUAUACAAAUACAAAUGAAGACAAUGGAGACAUGUGACCUACCAAGCCUCAGUGAUUGGUUGAUGUCUACAAAACCACUCUGCCAAGUUCAUAUUAAUGAAACAGUAGACAAAAACAAAGAAGAAGGUCCUACCAGGAAAACUUACACCGAUGCUCAGACAUCAUUUACAGUGAAUGAUCCACCCCGAAAUAUGAGAAAUCAAUUAGAUGAAUGCAAACUACGUACAUUUGAUAGAUUUGAGCCAAAUCAGAAGAGGCCAAAGGAACCUGAUGCCAUACAUGCAAGAAAUACACAUCUGAUUUAUAUUGAUCAGAAUGACAAUACAUGCAACCAGGAGAUGUAUAAACAUCCAGACUUGUUAGUCGCUAGUAGUUACCAGGAAGAACUAAGAGCAGGGGAUGCUCUCUGCCUUACAGCAGACAACAGUACUGAUCCAUACAUUGUUGGGAUUGCAACACAGCCUUACACUACAAGUUCUCAACAUCAAUACUCCAUCGAAUCCUUGCUCUCUGAACUCAACACCAUGUAUACAGCUCUUGGAUCCUAUAGCAACACCAAUGUAAACAACAAUGUGGUUGGCAAGUGUUCUCAACCUGAAGAUACGACAAGCAAUAUGAUUGGUCAGAAUUUUGAUGCAGAUUAUCUCAUUGGACAAAAGGAGGAUGGAUCUGAAUGUGAUAGCUCUACUGUACAAUCAGAGGACUUUCAAAGUGCCACUGAAACAUUAAGUAAUGCAGAAGCUGAACCUAAUGAAGAAGAUUUAGUUGAGUUUUAUCAAACAACCAAUCAGAGCUACUUGGUGCCAACCAGUCAAGCCCAAAACCUGUUAACCAAUCAGGAUUUAGGGACAUUGGAACCAAACAAUCUUGCAUUAAAAGGACAAUUACAAACCAAUGAGAAUCUCAACCAAAGUGCCAAUCAUGAUACUCAUUUUUUAAAAGUAUCCAAUGAGAGUCCACUUGAUGCCAAAUUUACUAAUGACUCCUGCCUUGAUGCAGAGUAUGGUAAUGUAGCUGCCCAAAUGGAUGAGGAGGAGGUUGCAUUUAUUAGAAUGGUGAAAGGCUUUAAACCUCCUGUUGUAUCUCAGACCCAAAGUAUCGACCACCCCUGUAGGCCUGAACAUUUGGGGGAGGGUGAACCAUCGCUGGAACAGCUAGCUUGGAUGACUGAAUUUAGACGACGAAGUUCAAACUUGAGUGAUCUGUCUUCACGACGAAGUAGUACAAAGAGCAGCUUAUCCAGAACUAGCAGCAGAUGCAGCUCAGAUUUCAGUUCAGAAUUUGAAGAAUAUUAUGAAAAUUUUCAAAAUGUUACAAAAAAAAUUCACCCACCUGCAAUUACUGAGGAACCACAAGGAACUCAGAAUGUGUCUGAUUUUGCUUCAGAGUUUGUAGAAGGCAUUCUUACAGAGAGUGCCUGUACAGCAGCAGAUAUGACCCCAGGGGUACAGAACUUUGCUGUUUUCACCCAGAAAAAGUUAUCAACCAUAAAACGUCCUAAAGCGCAAAAAAUACAUCGGACUGGUGCACAACAUUUUGAUGAAAAUCAAGCAGUUGUGCGAUCCAGGAAAAUGAGCUCUGGUAGUGACAUAUAUAAAAAUAAUUCAGAUUCUGAUGAGUCAUAUAGGAACAACAAAGUCACUGACUAUCAACCAUGUAAUAGUAACCAAUUACACAGUCAUGAUUUGGACUUUCACAAUGAACAGGAAACUGCCCAUCAGCAUAGGAUUGCUGCUAAUUUUAUUGACAAUAUGUUUAAUGAUACGCUCCUCCUGAUGAGAAAUGGGGCACAUCUAGCAGCAGACCAAGCAGAUAACUGUGAGCUACAGGGGGCAGUUGGAGGGGAACCAGACAAUAAUAUAGAUGAGAAGUACUCAUUGGUUCAAUAUUUACCAAAAUAUCAAAUCCAAAAUUCUGAAUUUCAAAGCAAUCUUGAAAUUCAAGAAAAUCUUCAGAUUUUAGAUUUUGCCUCCAACUCAGCUGAUUUUAUCCUACACCAAGUUUACCAGCAAUUCACAGAAGAUCCUAAUUCAGUGGCACCACCUUGUGAAGAAAUGUAUUACCAUAUCACCCCACCUAUUGAGCAAAGUGAUGAUCAUAAGAUAUUUCUUGAGAAUGUUAAGUCAUAUGUUGACUGCUUAGUUGAUGCUGGUUUCAGUGAAGCACUAUGUCAAUUUCAACCUCCAGGACCCCAACUUCAGCCUAUUGGAUUUCAACCUUUACCCCCUGAAUAUAAUUUGCAACUGACUUUAACCCAUUCCUCGCCUAUAGGACCUCAGUCCAAAUCGCUAGAACCACAACCCUCAUCCCAGAGUAUUGACCCCAAUGCCAGUAGAAUAGAGGAUUAUGCGACAUUAAUUGUGACACAGGUAAUUCAGUCUGCUCUGGAAGAGAUCAAGUCUUAUCUUAAGCAUCCACAUACAAACAUGUCUGAUGAUCUCAAAAUACUUUUGCAGCAGACCACUGAUUAUAAGUGCAACAAUAUAAGUGAGACUUUGUCUGAGCAAGUGAUAGACUCUGGCAUAAAAUUAGCGAAUUAUGCUGAACUUGUAUCCAGUGAUAUCAUGCAUGAUGCACUAUUAGAUAUAGAACUCAGAAUGAGUAACCCAAUACACAUUAUUGAAACAUCAAGAUCUUUGACACCAGAUGAGCAGUACUUUGAAGAAGAAUUCUUAAGGGAGUCACCAAUGCCAACACUCUCAGUGCCAUCUAGUGGUGAUACAAAUUUGGGCAAAUUUGCUGUAGAUCUUGCUAGGAGGGCAUCAUAUGAGGAUACCACCCGUCGUGCUUCAAACAGCUUUCAAGAUAGUACCUUAUCAGCAUUCGCAGAUGAGUUGGUUCAAAGUAAUCCGAAUUUGCCCUCCCUCAGUAUGUUUCAACAGUGUCUGCAUGUUGAUCUACAUCCUGACACUUCAGAUUAUUUGGCCAAAAGAGGGAGCUUUGAUAGUAGCCAGUAUAUGAGAAGUCACCAUGAUCAAAACAAUGACUCAACAAAAUUAAGCAGCAGUUGGUGCUCAUUGGCAUUAAAACACGAAAAGUCUAAAGGGGCAGGGACCUUAAAUUCCACAGGUGGUAUUACUUUACACAUACCAAAGUUUCAUAUAAACCCUAGAAAUAUUCAUCACAUGACCAGACUCAAAGUUACCCCAGAACUGGAGACUCAUUGUGAUGAUUUGGUGUUCGAUACACUUCAAACUGUUAUUUACGACAUCACACACCCCUCAGUCCCAUGUGCCAAAACUGACCAUGUAAGCUAUGACAAAGAUUCAACCAUAUCAGCACAGAUGCUUUUAUUUGCUGACUGUAUUGUGCAAAAUGCUAUUCAGCAAGCCCUUGAUAUAGUGUCUGUAAGCCCCUCAGAUCUAGCAGAAGCUGGCAGUGACUUGGAAGAGUACUUUGACUGUAUUGCCUACCCUGACACUGUGACGUCCUAUUCUACCAUGCUCAGUAGAAACAUCAUAGAUGGAGCAUACCUGGAUGUUAAGGCAAGGAUCUCUGGGAACCAUUUGCAGUGUCCGAGGUCAGUGAGUGUCCACCUGAUGGGAGAUUCCCAACUAUGUGCUAUCAUUCAAUGGAUCAGUGCCUCCUAUUGUGAUAUUUCCACACUAUGUUUGAACACCUGUGAUAACGAAUUUCUCUCACAGAUGCAUACUGAGGGCCCAGGAAGACCUCAAUUGUGGUGUUGUCAAAGACAUUAGGCCCCUAGAUGACCUUAUAAUUCAAUUGAGGAAAGAGUAAAGACAUUAGGCCACUAGAUGAUCU